UUUCAGCAUCAUGAUGCUCAAACAUCUCUUCCUUUUUCUUUUUAUCAAAAGCUCAAUAGCGUAUAACUUUUACUGGUAUGAUAAAACACAAACUCUGCAAAACCGUCAAACAAUGGUACAUUUGUUCGAAUGGAAAUGGGCAGAUGUAGCUAAGGAGUGUGAAAACUUUUUGCAAUAUUAUGGGUACGGUGCGGUACAAGUUUCACCCCCGAUGGAGCAUUUGAAGGCAUUUCCAAAUAAUAACUAUCCAUGGUGGGUUAGAUAUCAGCCAGUUAGUUACAAAUUGGAUUCGAGAAGUGGAAAUGAACAAGAGUUUCAAGAUAUGGUCAAUAGAUGCAACAAAGUUGGAGUUCGAAUCAUCGUUGAUAUUGUGAUGAACCAUAUGGUAGGAAUUGGACAAAAGAGUGGAAAUGGAGUUGGAUCCAGUGGAAGUUCUAGUUUUGAUGGAACUCACGGAGUUCAAUCUUUCCCAGGAGUUCCAUAUUCUUUGGGAGACUUCAAUAAUCCAAAAUGUGACGGUGAUAUUCAAGGAUCUGAUUAUCAAAAUAGUGCGGAACACGUGAAAGAUUGUCGAUUGGUCGGUCUUCUUGAUUUGAAUCAGGCUUCCGCAACAGUUCGAGCCAAAAUUGUUGCUUAUUUGAACAAGCUUGUCGAUAUGGGAGUUGCAGGGUUCCGUCACGAUGCGUCGAAACACAUGUGGCCACAGGAUAUUUUGAAUAUUCUAAAUGAUGUCAAAGACUUGAGAUCUGAUAUUUAUGGAUCGAACCAGCGUCCGUUUGCUGUUCACGAAGUUAUUGAUCGAGGAGGUGAAGCAGUAAAGUGUGGAGAUUAUUUCGGGAACGGUAGAUAUACAAAUUUCAAUUUCGGAGCAGCUGUCUCUGCUGCCGCUAAGCAACAAUCCGAUUGGAAAUACUUGGCAAACCUUGGACCUGGAUAUGGAUACGGUAAUAAUGAGGAUCAUGAUGUGCUCAAUUUCAUUGAUAACCAUGAUAACCAGAGAGAUUCUAGUCCCUAUGUUGUAACAUACAAAGACGGUCAGAAGUACAAUCUAGCCGUUGGCUUUAUGCUUGCUUGGCCAUAUGGAUAUCCAAGAGUAAUGAGUAGUUUUGCAUUCAGCUAUUCUGAUCAGAGUCCGCCAAACUCUGGAGCUUCUAAUGAUUACGCAACUACUAGUCCAACUUUCAAUGGUGAUCAAACUUGCAACAGCAAUUCUGGAUGGGUAUGCGAACAUCGUUGGCCAGCGAUCCGGCAGAUGGCUAAAUUCAGAAGUGCCGUUCAAGGAACUGCUGCUGCAGAUAUUGUUACAGAUACUAGAAGAAUUGCGUUUGCCAGAGACGGAAAGGGAUUCUUCGCUUUGAAUCAGCAAGACGGAGCAUGGACAAAAAUCUUUGCAACAAACCUUCCAGCAGGAGAUUAUUGUGAUCAUUUCUCCGGUGGGCUUGAUAAUGGAAAAUGUGUUGGAACUAAAAUUACUGUGAGAGAUGAUCAUACCUCCUAUCUUUCUGUCCCAUCCAACUCGAUCGUCGCAAUUUCUUUGGACUCUAAACUCACUCCUUAUACUCCACCAGCACCUCCAUCCGGUUACAGUACCACGGUGAUUCUUCUCAAGAAAGAUACAAAUCCUGGACAGAAUAUUUUUGUUAGAGGAGGAACUAGUCAAGCUCAUAACGGAAAAUGCUCAACUGGACCAUAUCAACAGUCAAGUGAUCCAUGUGCAAUCCCGAUGUAUCACGCAACAACUGUCCCAUUUGUGUUUGCCGAAUACUUAACAUGGAGCCAACAAGAUAAUUAUCUCGAUUUCGAAGGAGCUGAAAUUAAUCAAGGAACUCAUGAUGGAGCCGCUGCUUUUGGAACUCCAUUGGCAUAUUCCACAAAUGACAAAACGGCAAUUGAAUACCAGCCAUACAACAAAUAUGGGCCAGGAUAUUGGAUUGCCGUUUUAAGGAUGGACUGCUCAAAAGCUGAACAGGGAUGGUUUGAGGUUAAGGGAUAUGAAACACCGGACAUUGGAUGGGAAGGAGAUAUCAAGCAGGGAUCAUGCAGUGGAUCUGUUGGUGGAUCUGCUCCAUUCUCUUCUAUCAACCACGUGGCAAAAUGCGGAGCCGUUAAUGUAUUCACUUGGGGUUCAGCAAGUUGUGUUAUUGAUUCCGCUUAAUUUUGUUCAAUUUUGUGCUACAUAAAUCAAGAAGUGUAUAAAAAAUGAUUUUUUGGAGA